AUGACGUUGGUAUCGACCUCAGGCGGAUUGCUAGGAUCACUGCCCCGGCCCGUCGCCGCCCGUGCGGUACCCGCCCCGGCCCCACGCCGCCUGUCCCGGCUCUUCGCCGCCCGUGCGCCGCCUGUCCCGGCCCGUCGCCGUCCUUUGCGGCGUCACGUGCCGCCCCUCCCCGCGGCUCUGCCGCUUUACCUGCGGCCCGCCGCCUUACCAGCGGCCCCGACACCCUACCUGCGGCCCCGCCACCUCGCUCUCGGCCCCGCCACCUGCUGCAUCGCCGAGCCGCCCACCCACCGAGCCGCCCUGCAGCCCAGCAGCCGAGCCGCAGCCGAGCCGCCGAGCAGCCCAGCAGCCGAGCCACAGAGCAGCCGAGCCGCCGGGCCGCAGAGCAUCCGAGCCGCCCAGCCGCAGAGCAGCCAAGCCGCCGAGCCGCCCUUCUUCCGAGCCGCCCGACCUGCUCAGUCUGAUGACCUGCAGCUGUUCUUACAGUGCGAUAGGGCAGACGGCCUCUCUCUCUUUGACCUCACCUCUGGCGCUGCCCCUGCCCCUGCUGCUGAUGCUGACGCCACUAUUCGCUCCCAGUGGGCCACGCGCGACGCUGCUGCACGUCUUGCUGUGCGUCGCCACCUCCCUACCUCUGAGCGCGCGCACUUUAGUCAGUACAAGAGUGCUCACACCUUGGGUGUUCCCCCUCCCCCCUUCUGCCCUCUGUUGCCUCUGCUGCUGCGGCCGACCUCCUUGGUCUUAAGUCGGUCGAUGCGGCGUCUGCCCCUAGCGGGAGACGCCGCCCUGGCAAGGGCAAAGGGGGCAAGGGCACUGGAGGAGCGAGCGGGGGCGGUGGAGGUGGAGGUGGCGGCGGUGGGGGGAGUGGGGGUGGAGGUGGGGGUGGAGGGGUCGGUGGCGGCAGUGGAGGCGGAGGUGGCAGCGGUGGCGGCGGUGGGAGCGGCGGUGGCGGAGGUGGCGGCGGUGGAGGCGGUGGCAGAGGCGGCAGCAGUAGCGGAGGCGGCGGAGGCGGCGGGGGUGGCGGUGGAGCUGGUCGCGGGUCUUCGCAGAGGAGUGGCUCCGCGUCAGCGUGGUGGGGGCUUUGGUCCCUGCACCUACGUCCUUCGCACCGGCGACCGCGCGGGUGAGCAGUGUGGGGGUGCCCACACCGCCCAGCGCUGCUUUGGCCGCCUGACGGACGCUUGGCGUCAGCAGUUCCUGGAGGCCAGUGAGAUCCCCCGCUGGGGAGAGCUGUCUAGGGCAGGCGUAGCUAUCUUUGAUCUUGACUUUGAUGCUAUCCUUGCUGCAAUGUAUGCUGUUACUAUUAGUGAUGAGGGUGACUGUUACCAGUGUUUCCCGCCCGACCCGGGCAUUGGUACUGCUGCUCUAGGUGCCGGUGAGGCUGCUGCUCUAGGUGCCAGUGCGUCUGCGCCCUCAGGUACUGGUGAGUCUGCGCUCUCAGUCCUCCCGUGUCCGGCGGCUCCCUCUGGCACCCUGUCUGGUCUCUACCUCCCCUCGUUCUCUACGAACCUGCCAGGGUCGAGCCUGUACACACUGACCACUGCGUCUCCUCCCGUUGCUGAGUCUGGUAGGGUAGCUGCGUCGGGUCAGGUGUUUGCUGCAGCGUCCAGGUCUGGUCCUGAGUCUGCCCCCUGUUCGUGUCGUCUCCUGUCUCACGAGACUCUCCUCUGGCACCACCGCCUUGGUCACCCCUCUCUGCUUCGGCUCAGAGGCAUGGCCUCCCGUCUUCUUGUGUCUGGUCUCCCCCGGUCCCUCCCUCCCCUUCCUCAGGGCCCUGGCCCUGCCUGUCUCCCCUGUGUCGAGGGGCGCCAGCGGGCUGCCCCUCACUCCUCCUAG